AUGGAUGUCGAGUGUGAAGGCCCGUGACAACAAUCAAACCAACCUCAUCAGACGCCUCUUCGUUUCUCUCCUUGCAGAUUUGAUCACAAGACAAGAUGACAUAAUUCCUUGAUUAUAUAUUUAUCUCUGCCUCUGCAGAACGAUCUUCGGAUCUUCUCCGUCACGGCUUCACUUUCCCUCUCUCAUCUUGGAGGCCCAUUCGAGGGGCUUUCAAGAGCGCAAGACGCAAUGCUUCUAAGAAGCGCCUCCACACCCAUCUUCAGGUCAUUCACGGAACCCGAUCUCGGUCUCCGGAUCAAGCCAAUCCGACCCAUUUCCAUGUCUCUGUCCUCAAUUAAGAAAAUCUCAUCAGAGAGCGACCUCCGGCACAAUUCUUUUUCAAAGAAGAAGGUUCUUUCCACAACCCCAUCAAUUCGACCUGUCCUGGUCGAAGAAGAAGUAGAGGAUGAAAUAGAUUCGUGUUUCGGAACAAUUGCUUUGUUCUAUGAGGAACGCGACGCAAUUGGGGUAGAGGAAAAGGCAAUUCCGGGUGUUUCCGAUGGAAUUGGGGGCUGCGAUGGUGGAGGCGGCGGUUUAUCCGGCGGAAGCGGAGGUGGUAGUGGUGAAUCGGGAAUGCAGAGUGAGAGCAUGGAUUCGUAUUACCAGAGAAUGAUCAACGAAUAUCCUGGAGACGCUCUUUUGCUUGGAAACUACGCGAGGUUCUUGAAAGAGGUAAAAGGAGAUACGGUGAAAGCAGAGGAGUAUUGUGAGAGAGCAAUAUUGGGCAAGGCAAGUGAUGGGAAAGUAUUGUCGAUGUAUGGGGAACUAAUAUGGAGUAAUCAUAAAGAUGGAUCUCGCGCUCAAUAUUACUUUGAUCAAGCCGUUAAGUCUGCACCUGAUGACAGUUAUGUACUUGCUUCCUAUGCUCGAUUCCUGUGGGAUGCUGGAGAGGAUGAGGAUGAGGAUGAAGAUGAAGAUAGGCUUUAUGUCAACAGCAUAAAACCAUUCACAACCCCACCCAACCAUUGGCCUCCAUUGGCUGCUGCUUCAUGAACACAACACUUUACUUUGACCUACUUUUGUAUACAUGUCAAGAAUAAAAACAGAAAGAAAAAGAGAGAGACUUUUGUUAGCUUUGUUUUGUCUCUUUCUUCUACCAUGAGAUUUCUCUUGCCCCCUAUUCGACUCUAUUGGUGAAAUGUCACCAAUUAGGAAAUAAAGUGCAAAUGAAGAAAGGAGGAAUAUCAAUAUCGUUAUGUUCACUAGUGGUUUAGGUUACUCACUUUAUGCUAUUCUUCGUCUUGUUUCAAUUGUAUCUUCUCUCUUUUGUGCUUGAUUACUAUGUCAAUAACUUUAUUGUCGCUGUUUGAUUGA